AUGGUCAAAUGGUGCAGCCGGAUUGAGUUCUUCAUAUCAGGGUGUGCAAUUUCUUCUUUGGUGUAUCGUCCAAAAUUUGAGGUCUAUCAAAUGUUGUUCGAGGUGGAGAAUUUAAAUUUCUUAUCUGUGUUUUCUUUCAGGAAACUCAACACCGAGGCAAUUCCCCUUUCACAGUUUAGCAUAAAGGUCUCAGAAGUAAUUCGUCUGGCUCCAUUAAUAUAUCGCUUAUGGCUUUGGUUACGAGAAGAUGAUUCAAAGGGAAACGGAAAUGGAACUUUUGUGGACCCUUUCAAGAAACACUACUUUUCUUCUUGUUAUGAUGUUCCUUUAGGUGGUAUUGGUGCAGGUAGCAUUGCAAGGACAUAUAAAGGAGAAUUUUUGCGUUGGCAACUCUUUCCUAAAAUAUGUGAAGAUAAACCAGUUUUAGCAAAUCAAUUUUCUACCUCCACUGUCCUCUGCCCACCAAACCCAAAACUGCUAAACUGGUACGGGGGCGUUUUGGUCAUUGAAAAAGGAGUCAAAGGUGGAGAUAUUCUCAGUGCUGGAAUAUGCGUUCUCUAUGGAGGGUUUGGUCUUGGAGCCCAGAUUAGUGAAAUCAUCAACAGGGUCCCACCUAUAGACUCAACAGACAAACAAGGAAAAACAAUAUCCAUAGUCAAAGGUGCAUUAGAGUUCAAAGACAUUGAUUUCGCUUACCCUUCAAGACUAGAAACUUUGGUGCUAAAAAAUUCAAUCUCAAAGUCAAUGCCUGUCAAACCGUUGGAUUGGUUGGUCAAAGUGGGUCCGGUUGGGUGUGGGUCAGAUGGUUUGAUGGGUGAAAACCUUCUCCACCCUGGUGUUGCCAACCGUGUAUUGGAACUGUUGUUGAGUUCUUAUACCACAGUUGCAUUGGUGGUCAAUUUUGUCCUCAACAUUUUUAUACUCAUCAUCCUCUCUCUUAAGACAACAUUUUUUGAUGAGCUGCAUGCAACUGAAUCUCGGAGAAUGGUGGAGAGACUAGUUAAUUAUGUUAUCUACAAGGGAACAUUUCUUCCAUUGGUAGUACCACCAACAUUAGUUAGAGCAGGAUUGUGGUCAACAUGGUUGACUGUAUUAUGCUCUUUGAAGAUGUUUCAAGCUCUAGCCCGGGAUCGGCUUGAACGGUUGAAUGCAUCUCCUUCUGCAACUCCAUGGACUUACUUCCGUGUAUAUUGUGUUUUAUUGCUGGUUGUCAUUGUCGAUGCAGUCUGGAUAAGGACAUCAUCUGUUGUUACAGAAUUUAGUUUGGAUGUUGAGGAGAUUAUUACUGAGGAGAAUAAUAAUGGUGAAGAUGUGACAGAGAAGGCAGGAGAAGCAGAAGUAAAUGUUGUGGAGGAUUUGGAUUUGGAUUUGGAUUCGAGGCAACCAGCUGAAACAGAUGCUGGUGACGUGAAUAUUGAGGAGGACAUGGACAUGGAUACUAGUGGUCAAAGUCUUGAUAUUGUUCCUGUCCCUGAACAACAAAAUGAGGUGAUUUUGGUUCAUGGGUUUCAACUGGUUGAUAUAUGGGUUCACCACUCAGCAGGCAACACCACAAAUUCCAAAAUAUCAAAGCUUUUAGAUAUGUCAGCAGCAGGUUCAUUGUGGGAGUGGAAGAGUGUUAUAUUAAGGAAUGUAGGGUUUUUCUCAGAUAUUAUGACUUUGUUAAUGGCUCUGGGUCAUUAUGUACAAAUAUGGCGCCUUCAUGGCAUGACAUUCCAUCUUGUCGAUGCAAUGCUUUUCUUAAAUAUACGUGCGUUGGUAAGUGCAGUUGCAAAGCGUACGAGAGGUAAUAAUAAUAAUAAUAAUAUCAUUAUAUUUGAAUUUUGCAAGACCAAUUGGCAGCUUGUUGCUUCAACACUUGAAGGAAGGACUGGUACCCAGUACUCGAAUAGUUUGUUGCUGGUUGUGGCAGUUUUUUGAGGGGACAGCAGGACAGAUGCAUGAGUCACUGUGUGUGACUUUGGCUUCUUUGCCAAAACCAACUAAAUUUAAUGCGAUCUGAUCUACCUCAACUUCAGGUCACAAGAAUUAUCGGAGCAGGGGUUCAUUAGUCUUAAAUUAAGAAUUAUGCAAGGCAAGAUGCAACUCUAUUUAGUUGGAAUUUGAUGUUUAUCAUCUUUGUGUAUAUCUUUUUAGUUUCUAUAGCAUUACAUUGCAGAAGGUGUCCCUUAAUAGCAAUGUAGGAGUAUUAGGUUAGAUAGUUAGGGAAAACCUCUUAAUAGCAAUGUACAAUUAGAUCCCAU